AUGAUCGAUGAUGGUCCGAUGCAAUGGUUGGUGGUCGCGCAGCUUACCAUGCUGCUGCCGUCAUUUGGAGCAAAAAUAGAAUCACAGCUCGCUCCGUGUAAGCUGAUCCCAACUGAAAGGCCUUUGUUGCGCGACGGCGCCACUGCCUGCAAAGCUUCAGGAUUACACAACUACACCUCGCUUGCUAAACCAAGGGCUCGUAACUUGAAUACGACCUCAUUCUCUUCGCUCGACUGCAACGAAUCGCACGGUCAUACGGUCCCGAAAACCGCCAUCGUGAUCUUUGGGAAUCAGAAAACGUGGCUGGUCAACCGACACGAUUUACGGCGCCCUAAGAGUUGGGACAGGAAGUGUCGACCAAUUAUCCACAUUGAGAAGUGCUGGAUUCAGAUCCCCAAACGCCAACACGCCGUGGAAGACUCGGACGAAUCAGCUACGGCGAGGUGAGAAUCCAGAGACAAGUCACUGAGAUAACGGG